AUGAAAAAAAACAGGCACCAAGUCCUUCCCUACGCUAUCAAGAAAUUGAAGGCAGCGGGAUAUAGGCUCGUGAGCCUGGCUGAGUGUACUGGUCUACCAGCAUAUCAAAAGACUCAGGCUCCCACCCCACGAGAUGUAAGGAGCUUCUAUACUACUUCCCAUGCGCUCUGA